AGUAUAUCCGAAGAUAUUAUGAGGUAUGAGAGGGAUAUUUUGUCACACAUAUCCCGAAUCUUCUAUAUAAAACAAUGUCUGAACCAGAAAGUUGUCUGCAAGAAAAAGUAAGAGGUGGAAAUAAGAUGAAUCCAGGUAAUAUGUUUGGUCACAUAGGAUCCAUACUUGGUUCCUUGAUGUUUGUUUGGGCCAUGUUUAAGGAAUUUUUCCCAUACCAAGUUGUCAACCAAAUUGAGAAACACUCCCAAAGAUUGGUGACUUAUGUAUACCCUUACAUCCAAAUCACAUUCCAUGAGUUCACAGGUGAGAGACUGAUGCGCAGUGAGGCCUAUUCUGCCAUAGAGAACUACCUCAGCUCCAAGGCAUCAACACAAGCAAAGAAGCUCAAAGGUGACAUAGGGAAGAACAACCAGUCACUUGUUCUCAGCAUGGAUGAUCAUGAAGAAGUAGGUGAUGAGUUCAGUGGUGUGAAGCUUUGGUGGGCCUCCGGCAAGCACAUUUCCAAGGCACAGUCCACAAUUUCCUUCCACCACCCUAUGUCAGAUGAGAGAAGGUACUACAAGCUCACUUUUCAUAAGAGAAACAGAGAUGUGAUCUUAGGGACAUAUCUUAACUAUGUUAUGAAAGAGGGUAAGGCCAUUAAGGUGAAAAACAGGCAAAGGAAGCUUUAUACCAAUAGUGGUUCUUAUUGGAGCCAUGUGGUGUUUGAGCACCCUGCAACAUUUCAAACACUGGCUAUGGAUCCUGAGGAGAAGGAAAUGAUCAUUGAUGAUCUCAUCACAUUCAGCAAGUCAGGGGGGUUCUAUGCAAGGAUUGGGAGGGCAUGGAAGAGAGGGUACCUACUUUAUGGACCACCAGGAACAGGCAAGUCCACAAUGAUUGCUGCUAUGGCAAAUUUGUUAGGAUAUGAUUUGUAUGAUCUUGAGCUGACUGCUGUGAAGGACAACACUGAAUUGAGGAAGCUUUUGAUUGAGACCUCAAGCAAAUCUAUAAUUGUUAUUGAGGACAUAGAUUGUUCACUUGAUUUGACUGGCCAAAGGAGGAAGAAAAAGGAAAAGGAAGAGGAAGAGCAAGAGCAAGAGAAGAAUCAUCCAGGGCAAAAACAACAAGGAAUGCAAGAGAAAGAUGUCAAAAGUAGCCAGAAAUUGGACCCUGCAUUGGUCAGGAAAGGGAGAAUGGACUUGCACAUAGAGUUGUCCUACUGUGGCUUUGAGGCAUUCAAGUUAUUGGCUAAGAAUUAUCUUAACAUUGAUGCACACCAUCUGUUUGGCACAAUAAGUGAACUGCUCAAGGAAAUCAAAAUUACUCCAGCUGAGGUUGCAGAACAUUUGAUGCCUAAAAAUGCUUCUGGGGAUGCAGAAAUUUACUUGAAAAGUCUGAUUCAAGCACUAGAAUCGACAAAGAUGCAAGAAAAAGUUGUGCAUGGUCCUCAUUGGACUGAAAAAUAGUCAAAUAGUGUGGAUACUUUUCUCAAUAACUUUUAAUAAUACUUGAUGAAGUGUAUUUAAUACUCA